CUUAAAAAAGAAUCAUCAUACAGUGUAAAGAUGGUUUGCACGAGAGAUUCUUGUGCGUAUUUAGUGCUUUUUUUAAUUCUAGUUUAUUCUGUCAGUGGUAAACCAUCACCGAAACCUUCACCAUGGGCGACUUACAAAGGAAAACCAGUUUUUUCACGAUCUUUAGGUGCACCAGUAGCGCCGGGAAUGGACACAAUCACUGUUCCGUACAUUGGAAAGAGUUCUCCAUUCUUUCCCAAAUUUGUAGACCCAAAAAUGAUGAUAUCUAAAAAAACUGGUUUCUUGAGCAAUUUAUUCGGUGGUGUUGGACCUGUUAAUUAUCCAAUGAGUGCUGAUGCAAACUUCUUUCCUUACGUAGCACCAAAGCCAAGCAUUUAUGCAAGAAGUGUAGAAAGUGAACCUUCACAAGAUGUUUCAGAUCUCAAAGAGAUAUUAGGAGAUGAUAAAAAUGAAGAAAGUCAAGCUAAUGAAGAAGUUAAGAGAGGUAUUUUUGGACCAGGAAUUUCUCCAUUUGGACCAAUAAGUCCUUGGUCACCUCAGUUUUCUCCAAGCUAUGGUUCACCUUUUUAUGGUUCCAAGUUUGAAUAUAAUCCAUCUGCUGCAUCUGCUUCUCGAAAAAAACGUAGUCUCACAUCGACAGUGACUAGUUCUCCUCCAACUUAUCCCCCACCACCACCGGUUUAUCCAGGUCUUGAUCCUAUUCCUGAAGAAUCAGAAAGUACUUUGAAAACAUCAUAUCCAUUGACAUCAGGUAUGUUUGGACCAUUCGGUCCCUACGAAGGUUUCAGUCCUGCUCCAAUCAUUGAUCCUGGUAUAUUCAUCGCCAAAAAAACGGCUUUUCUAAAUAAACUUUUUUCAACCUUGGCUACUAGUACCCCUGCAACACCUCUCGAUUUUCUAACACCUAAGAGUACUAUUGUUCCACCAGGAUUCUGGUCACCAUUCGAAACUACAACAACUGAAGUUCCUGUUCCUAAAAGUACGAUUGUUCCUCCAGGCUUUUGGUUACCAUCUUCAGUUAUUCCUAGUCCUGGAGAAUAUACUCAAAAAGUAGCUACAUUUUUAGACAAAUUAUUUGAAAGUAUAAAAUUGAAUAAAACUCAGCUAGCUUCUCCAGAUAAAAUUGCCAGAUCUCUUGGGUUAGAAUCAGAUGGUACUAAAAUUCAAGUUAAGCGAUCAAUUGAAGACCUCCAAACAUUAACAGCAGUAAAGGAUGCUAUUGUUGACUCAAUUAUUACUGAACUUGCAUCAUUAAAAACUGAAAUGGUGAAUAAUAUGAAUGAUUUAAUUGUGUCUCAAAAAAUGGUAACAACAUCAAUGUCUAAGAAACCUAUAAAACCGAUGAAGACAGCAUUUGCAGGAUUUUGGGCUCCCAAUGUUGAUUAUACUGCACCAUUUAGACAAAAAAUGGUUGUACUGAGUCAAAUAUUUGAUACCCUUACUGAAAUUCAAAAAAAUAUUACUGUAGCAGUAUCAGAAGCUAUCAAAAAUAGUGCUCCAUCGACAGAAGCUCCAGCGUACGACGACUUAGUAGAUUAUAAAUUUCCAAACAAUUACCUAUUCAAUGUAACUCUUCUUGAUGCUGUAAAAGGAAAAUUGGCUGAUCUAAAUGCUCCUAAAACAGAUUACCAAGUACCCAUGCCUUUUUGGAUGGCUUAUGCUAAAGGCGCAACCAUAAAAAGAGAUGCAGAUAAUGAAUAUAAAGAUAAUGUCUCCGGGACUGAAUCUAGUGAUAAUAAAGAUCAGUACAAACGAGCUGUGAAAAUGUCUAUGCAUCAAGGUUAUCAAAGUAUGCCUCCAGGUACUAUUGAAAGUGUUCAAGCUGGUGGAGGAUCUGUUCCUGGACAUCAAGGCGGUGGAAUAAAAUUUUUUAUACAAAUGCCCAAGUCAAAUCCAUCUGGUUAUUAAAAAUGACUCACAAUAUAACAAUGAUGAUUGGGCGAGUUGGUCUGAAUACAUUAAUAAUCAAUACAAAGAUCAUAGACAUCAUCAUAAUCAUCAUUAGAAAAUUAUUCAUUUAUUAAUAUAUUCCACUUCGGAAUCCAUAAGGAAAAUCAAAUUAAGUUCCUACAAUAUAUAUGUAAAGAUUAUGGAUUCAUUGAAUAAAGUAUCGGAGAAAAA